GGAGGGGAGGGGAGAGUGACCAGGCUGCGAAGAGGAGCCAAUAUAUAUAAGAAAGGCUCCGGAGCGAGCAGGUUUCAGUAGCGGCGCUGCUCGCCGGCUAGGAUCCCGAGGCCAAGAGCCUCAACCGAAGCCGCUUGGGUGCAGUGUACCCCGACACUAGCCCGCUCAAGGCCCUAGGAUUAGCUCCAGGACACAUACUUAGAGCGACCACCGCCCAGUCGUCUUCACCUGGAUUACCUACGGAAGCAUCGAGCCGCGGAGUUUUCGAGAAGGCGACAAGGGGGCAGAGUCCCGAGAGGAAUCAGCUUUUCAGGAACUCGACUGGCAGACGGACGUGCCGGGAGAGCGACAUCCCUAACAAGCAGAUUCUGAGUCCCCGGGUGGAGAGGACACCCCAAGGAAUGACGCCUGCGUCCCGGAGCGCCUUUCACUGGGCGCUACUGCUGCUGGCGGUACUGUGGCCGCAGCAGCGCGUCUCGGGCUCCGGCAUCUUCCAGCUGCGGCUGCAGGAGUUCGCCAACGAGCGCGGUGUGCUGGCCAAUGGGCGGCCCUGCGAGCCCGGUUGCCGGACUUUCUUCCGCAUCUGCCUUAAGCACUUCCAGGCAACCUUCUCACCGGGACCCUGCACCUUCGGCAGCGUCUCCACACCGGUAUUGGGCACCAACUCCUUCGUCGUCAGGGACGAGAAUAGCGGCGGUGGUCGCAACCCUCUUCAGCUGCCCUUCAAUUUCACCUGGCCGGGUACCUUCUCACUCAACAUCCAAGCUUGGCACGCACCAGGAGACGACCUGCGGCCAGAGGUUUUACCAGUCGAUGCACUUAUCAGUCAAAUCACCAUCCAAGGCUCCCUUGCUGUGGGUCAGAAUUGGCUACCAGAUGAGCAAAAUGACACCCUCACAAGACUACGCUACUCCUACCGGGUCAUCUGCAGUGACAACUACUAUGGGGAUAACUGUUCCCGCCUAUGCAAGAAGCGCAAUGACCUCUUCGGACACUACGUGUGCCAGCCAGAUGGCAGUCUGUCCUGCCUGCCCGGUUGGACUGGGAAAUACUGCGAUCAGCCUAUCUGUCUUUCUGGCUGUCAUGAACAGAAUGGCUACUGCAGCAAGCCAGCAGAAUGCCUCUGCCGUCCAGGUUGGCAGGGCCGCCUAUGCAAUGAAUGCAUCCCCCACAAUGGCUGUCGUCAUGGCACCUGCAGCAGCCCCUGGCAGUGUACCUGCGAAGAGGGCUGGGGAGGUCUGUUCUGUGACCAAGAUCUCAAUUACUGCACCCACCACUCCCCGUGCAAGAAUGGAGCAACGUGUUCCAACAGCGGGCAGCGGAGUUACACCUGCACCUGCCGCCCGGGCUACACUGGUGUGGACUGCGAGCUGGAACUCAGCAAGUGUGACAGUAACCCCUGUCGGAAUGGCGGCAGCUGUAAGGACCAGGAGGAUGGUUACCACUGCCUGUGUCCCCCAGGCUAUUAUGGUCAGCACUGUGAACAUAGUACCUUGACCUGUGCUGACUCACCCUGCUUCAAUGGAGGCUCCUGCCGGGAGCGCAACCAGGGGGCCAGUUAUGCCUGUGAAUGCCCUCCUAAUUUCACUGGCUCCAACUGUGAGAAGAAAGUGGACAGGUGCACCAGCAGCCCAUGUGCCAACGGGGGCCAGUGCCUAAACAGAGGUCCAAGCCGUACCUGCCGCUGCCGUCCUGGAUUCACGGGCACCCACUGUGAACUCCACAUCAGUGACUGUGCCCGAAGCCCCUGUGCCCACGGGGGCACGUGCCACGAUCUGGAGAAUGGGCCUGUGUGCACCUGCCCCGCUGGCUAUUCUGGCAGGCGCUGUGAGGUGCGGAUCGCCAGCGACGCCUGUGCCUCGGGGCCCUGUUUCAACGGGGCCACCUGCUACGCCGGCCUCUCCUCAGACAACGUCGUCUGCAACUGUCCUUACGGCUUUGUGGGCAGCCGCUGCGAGUUUCCCGUGGGCUUGCCACCCAGCUUCCCCUGGGUCGCCGUCUCCCUGGGUGUGGGGCUGGUGGUUCUGCUGGUGUUGCUGGGCAUGGUGGCCGUGGCCGUGCGGCAGCUGCGGCUUCGGCGGCCCGAUGAUGGCAGCAGAGAGGCCAUGAACAACUUGUCAGACUUCCAGAAGGACAACCUAAUCCCGGCUGCCCAGCUCAAGAACACAAACCAGAAGAAGGAGUUGGAAGUGGACUGUGGCCUGGACAAGUCUAACUGUGGCAAACUGCAGAACCAUACAUUGGACUACAAUCUGGCUCCAGGACCCCUGGGGCGGGGGACCAUGCCUGGAAAGUAUCUCCACAGUGACAAGAGCUUAGGGGAGAAGGUGCCACUUCGGUUACACAGUGAAAAGCCGGAGUGUCGAAUAUCAGCCCUAUGCUCCCCCAGGGACUCCAUCUACCAGUCAGUGUGUUUGAUAUCAGAAGAGAGGAACGAAUGUGUCAUUGCCACAGAGGUAUAAGGCCCGAGCCUACCCAGACACCCAGCUUUGGCCCCGCAGCUGGGCCUUCCUUCUGCAUUGUUUACAUUGCACCCUGGAUGGGACGUCUUUAGUAUGCACAGUGCUGCUCUGAGGAGGAGGAGGAGGGGAUGGCAUGAACUGGACAGACUGUGAACCUGCCAAGAGUCGCACCACCUCUGCAUGCCUUCAGGAGUCUGCCUGGCCUCAGGUGGGCAGCCCCACCAACAAGGGAAGAGCCGAGGAGCUGGAGGAACACCUGCUGAGCUGACAUCUAAGGUGCCACUUGGCCUUGCUGUGCCAGCAGCGACCAUCACGGGGCUCUGGACUGUUCUUCAGAGAGUAGCAGUGGCCCCAGGAGGUCUUGGAGCUGCUGUGGCUCCAAUGGGCAUCUGUGUUUUCAAAGUGCCUUCGCCCAGGCUCCGCCAUGACAGCUGGGCCCAAAUGAGAGAAGGGAUUUGCCUCCUGUAGGCACGAAAGCUAUGGCAUUUGGCUUUUGGCAGGAGCUACCCUGCAGGCGAGGUAGAGAAGUGGUUCUUGCCUCCAACCACAUGGUGUGGGGUGCCACCGAGCCUAGACCCUCUGGGCAAAGGUGGUAGAUCACCUCUCACUGGUCCUGGUGCCUUGGGGCUUGUGAGAACAGAUGGGCUUAGGGCCUGCCCCUUUGCCAGCUACGGUUUCAGCCCCAAGUGGGGAGCUCAGGGCCUUUAUGCUAAAAUUCCAAUGAGGGAGGUCAUGGGUGCUGCUGUGGCCUAGGCCCCUUCCUCCCUCGUGCCCAUUUCUGUGCCCUUGAGCCUGGGCUCUGUCAGUGCCCACUGCUGCCCCAGACCACCCUUGAAGCCGAUCUUCAGAAAUCAAUAAUAUGAGGUGUUUUUUUUGUAGUUUAUUUUGGAAUCUAGUAUUUUGAUAAUUUAAAAAUCAGAAGCACUGACCUUUCUACAUUUUAUAACAUUAUUUUGUAUAUAAUGUGUAUUUAUAAUAUGGAACAGAUGUGUACAGGAAUUUA